AUGGGCUCAGCUGGCCGCACUGAGAGCGGCAGGCCAGCCUGCAAGCCCCGGCCAGUGAGGGGCUUAGCACCUGGGCCAGCAGCUGCUGUGCUUAAUUUCUCAGCGGGCCUUAGCUGCCUCGCUGCGAGGCAGGGCUCUGGACCUGCAGCACCCCCAUGCCUGAGCCUCCCCCAACUCCAUGGGCUCCUAUGUGCCAGAGCCUCCCCUACGAGCGCUGCCCCCUACUCCACUGCGCCCAAUCCCAUCAUCCACCCAAGGGCUGCAGCACGACGCAGGACUGGCAGGCAGCUCCACCUGCCAGCAAGACCACGAACCCAUCGGGAGGAACGGAACAACUGUAGACAUGCCGCCUUAAGAGCUGUAACACUCACUGCGAAGGUCCACAGCUUCACCCCUGAGUCAGCGAGACCACGAACCCACCAGAAGGAAGAAACUCCAAAGACAUUCAAACAUCAGAAGGAACAAACUCCGGACACGCCACCUUUAAGAACUGUAACACUCACUGCGAGGGUCCGCGGCUUCAUUCUUCAAGUCAGUGAGACCAAGAAUCCACCAAUUCCGGACACAGUAUCUCCCCAUACCCUUCCUCCUUCCCCAAAGGACGCGCAUGAAAUUUGGUGCUGUGACUCAGAUCGGGGGACCUCCCUUGGGAGAUCAAUCCCCUGUCCUCCUGCUCUUUGCUCCAUGAAAAAGAUCCACCUCAGGUCCUCAGACCCACCAGCCCAAGGAACAUCUCACCAAUUUUAAAUCAGGUAAGCAGCCUCUUCUUAUUCUGUUCUCCAA